UCUCCCUCUUCAGCAAAAGUCCAGUCCUCUCUGCAGCAUAUCAAUCAAUGGCGUCCAUACUCAACACAGUCUCGUCCGUCAGAUUAUCAAACCCUAACUCCAGCCGACUCCGUCCUGACUCCAUUUUCGCUCCGGUUUCCGUUUCGUUUUCCAGGCGGCGAUUUACAAUUAGGGCUGCAGAGACUGAUACGGAUGAAGGAGUUAAAUCUCAGGCACCAGAUAAGGCGCCGGCUAGCGGUUCAAGCUUCAAUCAGCUUCUUGGAAUCAAGGGAGCUUCUCAGGAGACUAAUAAAUGGAAGAUCCGUCUUCAGCUGACCAAACCUGUUACUUGGCCUCCCUUGGUAUGGGGAGUAGUUUGCGGAGCUGCUGCCUCUGGAAAUUUUCAUUGGACUUUGGAGGAUGUUGCUAAAUCUAUACUUUGUAUGUCAAUGUCUGGCCCUUUUCUUACUGGUUACACACAGACACUUAAUGAUUGGUAUGACCGAGAGAUUGAUGCAAUCAAUGAACCUUAUCGUCCUAUUCCGUCGGGAGCAAUAUCUGAAAAUGAGGUUAUUACUCAAAUAUGGGUACUGCUUUUAGGAGGUCUUGUCUCAGCUGGUAUUUUAGAUGUGUGGGCUGGACAUGAUUUCCCAACAAUCUUUUACCUUGCUCUGGGUGGAUCCCUGCUAUCAUACAUUUACUCUGCUCCACCUCUAAAGCUUAAACAAAAUGGAUGGAUUGGAAAUUUCGCUCUUGGAGCAAGUUAUAUCGGUUUGCCAUGGUGGGCUGGUCAGGCAUUAUUUGGAACCCUUACUCCGGACAUAGUUGUCCUGACACUCCUGUACAGCAUAGCUGGAUUGGGAAUUGCUAUUGUAAAUGACUUCAAAAGUGUUGAAGGAGAUAGAGCACUGGGACUUCAGUCACUUCCUGUAGCUUUUGGUUCUGAAACUGCAAAAUGGAUUUGCGUGGGUGCCAUCGAUAUAACUCAACUAUCGGUUGCUGGUUAUCUACUAGGGGCUGGUAAACCAUUUUAUGCGUUAGCUCUAGUUGCUUUGAUAGCUCCCCAAGUCUUUUUUCAGUUCAAGUAUUUUCUCAAAGAUCCUGUCAAGUAUGACGUUAAAUAUCAGGCUAGCGCGCAGCCAUUUCUUGUACUUGGUCUUCUGGUAACAGCUUUAGCAACGAGUCAUUGACAUUGCAAACCACAAGCAGUACUCUGCCAGAUGCGGUACCCUGGAAGAGGCUACCAGAUGCGGUACUCUGGAACAGCUACCAGAUGGGGUACUCUGCCAGUCCAUUAGAACAGCUAUUGUCUUGUUGAAAAGGAAGUUUUGCCUUGAAGCAAAGAUAUUUUUCCACUAGUUUCUUUGUAUUUACCCAGCGUCACAAUUGGAAGUUUUUGUUGUAAAUAUAGUACUUGUGAAUUGUGAUUGCACCUCGACUGAAGUAUUUGAAAGUGAACCAUUCUGAGAGCGGAAACCUGCUACAUAUCCCAAUUCCUAGCCUCUUCAUUCCUCUAAUGAAAUGCUCCUCAUACUUCAUCUCCGUAUCCUCUUGAUAAGUGGUAUAUAGCUCGCUUGCCAUGUUCACACCUUCAUACAAAGGUGCAUUAUUGGCGGAUGGUUACAAACCUCUCACUUGUGUCCGUGCCGACACUCAGAUAGUGGAUGAGAAACCAGAAUUCUUAGGGAUGAAUUGGGAUAUGCUGGUCGCAAUGAAUUCGAGUGCCCUCGGAGACACUUCUCCAAAGAAAGAUAUAAAGAAACGGAAGAAAGAUCUCCGGAGAAAGAUAUCAUGAAAUGGAAGAAGUUAUGGAAGAAGAGGGUGCCGUUUUUAUACUCCUUAUUCCUUAAUCGCAGCAUAUGGUUGUUACAGCUUAUUAGUUACUGGGAAACCCUAAAGACAAAUGGAGGAAACUGUACGUGAUACAUUCGUUGGCCAUGUAUAAUCGGGGGAUGGUUGAAGCUAAUUGGUUUGUGUUGUGCAAGUAGUUCUAGUUUAACUGGUCCUAAUAUCAAGGCUACCUGGUUUAUUGGCUUUGGAA